AUGGACUACGAGGCUCUCAAGGAGCAGUGGAGCGAGGUAGAGGACCGCGAUGGUGUGCGCCUCAGCUGGAAUGUCUUCCCGAGCUCGCGUAUGGAAGCUUCACGCUUGGUCGUCCCCAUCGGAGCUCUCUACACUCCCCUGAAGGAGAAGCCAGAUACGCCUCUGCUGCAGUUCGAGCCUGUCGCCUGCAAGCAGCCAUGCCGUGCCAUCUUGAACCCUUUCUGCCAGGUAGACUACAGGCUGUCGCGCCCAGCUCCCAGUCCGCCCAUCUUUUUAUAUGUCGUCGAUACUUGCCAGGAGGAGGACAGUCUUGCUGCCCUCAAGGAGUCCUUGAUCAUGAGUCUGAGCCUCCUCCCCGAGAACGCCCUGGUCGGUCUUAUCACCUACGGCACCAUGGCUCAAGUACACGAGAUUGGCUACAACGAGUGCGCAAAGUCAUACGUCUUCCGUGGCAGCAAGGAGUAUACUGCCAAGCAGGUCCAGGAGAUGCUUGGUCUUCUCGGGCCUGGCUUGAGACCAGGUGUCCCCCAACAGCAGCCUGGCCGCCCGCCACUACCCAUGGGCGCAGCCACUCGGUUCUUAUUGCCUGUGCAGCAAUGCGAGUUCCAGCUCACCAAGGCUCUGGAGCAGCUGCAGAAAGACCCCUGGCCUGUUGCCAGCGACCGAAGAGCCCAGCGCUGCUCCGGCGUCGCACUAAGCGUCGCUGUCGGUCUGUUGGAGUCGUCUUUCCAGAACUCAGGUGGCCGUGUUAUGCUCUUCGCUGGUGGCCCUGCCACCGAAGGCCCCGGCAUGGUUGUUGGUCCCGAGCUGAGAGAGCCCAUCAGAUCUCACCACGAUAUCGACCGCGACAACAUCAAGUACUACAAGAAGGCUCUCAAGUUCUACGACACUCUGGCAAAGCGGACUGCUCACAACGGCCACAUCAUUGAUAUUUUUGCUGGCUGUCUCGACCAGGUCGGUCUCCUGGAAAUGAAGGGACUGUGCAACUCUACUGGCGGUCAUAUGAUCCUGACAGAUAGUUUCACGUCUUCCAUGUUUAAACAGUCCUUUGUACGGGUGUUCGAGAAGGACGGCGAUGGGAACCUUCUCAUGGGAUUCAAUGCUCUCUUCGAGGUCUUGACCACAAAGGAGCUCAAGGUCACCGGUCUCAUUGGCCACGCAGUCUCCAUGAAUAAGAAGUCGACUUCUGUAGGCGAGACGGAGUGUGGCAUUGGAAACACAUGCGCCUGGAAGAUGUGCGGUAUAGAUCCUACUGCAAGUUAUGGCGUGUACUUUGAGAUUGCAAGCCAAGGCGGUCCUACGCAGCACCAACAAGGGCAGCAGAAGGGUAUGAUGCAGUUCCUCACCUACUACCAGCACUCGGAUGGGCAGUUCCACCUGCGUGUCACCACCGUGGCAAGAAACCUGAGUGGCCCGGCCGGAGAUCCAGCGAUUGCGCAAUCAUUCGACCAAGAGGCUGCAGCGGUGCUCAUGUCCAGGAUUGCCGUAUUCAAGGCUGAAGUCGAUGAUGGGCCAGAUGUUCUACGAUGGGUGGAUCGUAUGCUCAUCCGGUUAUGUUCCCGCUUCGCCGACUACCGGAAAGACGACCCAUCAUCCUUCAGGCUGGAGAAGAAUUUCACACUGUAUCCGCAGUUCAUGUUCCACUUGCGCCGAAGUCAGUUCUUACAAGUCUUCAACAACUCUCCCGACGAGACGGCAUUUUACCGCCAUGUACUUAACCACGAAGACGUCAGCAACUCUCUCAUCAUGAUCCAACCCACGCUGGACUCGUAUGUUCUUGCACAAGAUGGCAGCCAGCCGGAAGGGCAGCCGGUGCUUUUGGACUCGACGUCGAUCCAGCCUGACCACGUGUUGCUUCUGGACACGUUCUUCCACAUUUUGAUCUUCCAUGGCGAGACAAUCGCCGAAUGGAGGAAGGCCGGAUAUCAAGAACAGGAUGGCUACCAGAACUUUGCGGCUUUGCUUGAGCAGCCGAAGGAGGACGCCAGAGACCUGAUCGGUGACCGAUUCCCUCUGCCUCGUUUCAUCGUGUGUGACGCUGGUGGCUCACAAGCCCGGUUCUUGCUUUCCAAGCUGAACCCCUCCACAACGCAUACCACUGGUGCAUACGGAGGUGUUGGAGCGCAAACGGCACAGACCAUUUUCACGGACGAUGUUUCCCUUCAGACAUUUAUGGACCACUUGAUGAAGUUGGCGUUCGACCCCAAUGAGAUCAAGGUGAUCACUCUCCGUGCCACCGGAGGUGAAGUCGGUGCCUCUUCCGCCCUGGCUCCCAAGAUCGGUCCCCUCGGUCUGUCUCCCAAGAAGGUCGGAGAAGAUAUCGCCAAGGCUACUGGUGACUGGAAGGGCCUCCGUGUCACCGUCAAGCUCACCAUCCAGAACCGUCAAGCUGCCGUCUCCGUCGUCCCUACCGCAUCGGCACUUGUCAUCAAGGCUCUCAAGGAGCCCCCGAGAGAUCGCAAGAAGGAGAAGAACAUCAAGCACACCAAGUCGAUACCCUUGGAUGAGAUCAUUGAGAUCGCCCGCCAGCUCCGCUACAAGUCUUUCUCCAAGUCCCUCGAGGGUAGUGUCAAGGAGGUUCUCGGUACUGCUUUCAGUGUUGGUUGCCAGGUUGACGGACGUAGCCCCAAGGCUAUCCAGGAUGACAUCGCCAGCGGUGCUAUUGAGAUCCCCGAGGAGUAA